GCUCCGCCAGCUCCUCCCGCGGGCGGCGGCGCCGGCAGCGCGGGGAUGGCGAGCGGGGGCUGCCGGUGGCUACCGGGGCUCUGCCUGGGGCUACCGGGGCUGUCCCUGGGGCUACCGGGGCUCUGCCGGUGGCUACUGUCGGUGUCCCUUUGGCUACCGGGGCUCUGCCCGGGGCUACCGGGGCUCUGCCGGUGGUUACUGUCGGUGUCCCUGUGGCUACCGGCGGUGUCCCUGUGGCUACCGGCGGCCGCCGCGUUCAACCUGGACGGGAGCAGCCCGGUGCUGAAGGACGGGGACCGGGGCAGCCUCUUCGGCGCGGCCGUGGCGCUGCACCGGCAGCUGAGCCCCGAGCCCCGGGCGUGGCUGCUGGUGGGAGCCCCCCGGGCGCUGGCACUGCCCGGCCAGGCCGCCAACCGCAGCGGGGCUCUGUUCGCCUGCCCGCUGAGCGCCGAGCCCUCGGACUGCUGGAGGGUGCCCAUCGACGAGGGAGAGGACCCGCAGCGCGAGAGCAAAGAGAACCAGUGGCUGGGGGUCAGCGUCGAGAGCCAAGGGCCGGGCGGCAAGAUCGUGACCUGCGCGCACCGGUACGAGGUGCGGCACCGCGUGCGGCAGCCGCUGGAGACGCGGGACGUGAUCGGGCGCUGCUUCGUGCUGAGCCAGGACCUGGGGGCGCGGGACGAGCUGGACGGCGGCGAGUGGAAAUUCUGCGAGGGCCGAGCCCCGGGCCACGAGCGCUUCGGCUCCUGCCAGCAGGGCCUGGCGGCCGCCUUCAGCCCCGACCGCCGCUACGUGCUGCUCGGGGCCCCCGGCACCUACAACUGGAAGGGGACGCUGCGAGUGGAGCAGCUCCAGCAGAGCUCCCUGGACCUGCUGCGCCCGGACGCCGGCCCCUUCGAAGCGGGGGGCGAGAAGGAGCAGGACCCCUCCCUGAUCCCCGUGCCCGCCAACAGCUACCUCGGGCUGCUCUUUGUGACAAACAUUGAGAGCGCCGCCCCCGACCAGAGGGUCUUCCGGACCCCCGAGCCCGGAGAGAGGGUCCCCGGCGCGGCCGCGGACGUGGGGCACAAUUCCUACCUGGGGUUCUCGGUGGCCGCGGGCCCGGGGCUGACGCGCCGCCACCAGCUGAGCUUUGUCACGGGCGCGCCCCGCGCCAACCACACCGGGGCCGUGGUGAUCCUGCGCAGGGACAGCGCGUCCCGCCUGGUGGCCGAGGCCGUGCUGGGCGGCCACCAGCUGAGCUCGGCCUUCGGCCACGCGCUGGCCCUGCUGGACCUCAACAGCGACGGCUGGAUGGACCUGGCCGUGGGCGCCCCCCACUUUUUCGAGCGGCAGGAGGAGCUGGGGGGGGCCGUGUACGUUUACAUCAACCCGGGGGGGCUCUGGGGCAGCGCGACCCCCGAGCGCCUGAGCGGCCCCCGCGGCUCCGCCUUCGGCACCGCGCUCUGCUCGGCCGGGGACCUGGACCGGGACGGCUUCGAGGCAGAAGAAGAAGGCGCCCAAGGCCGGGGCGCGGGCGGGCCCGGGGCCGGAGGAGGGGCCGGGGAGGCCCCGGGCGGAGCCGGGCGGUGCCCAUCAACGGUUUCCCAUGGCAACGGUCCCCAUGGCAACGGUUCCCAUGCAACGGUUCCAUGGCAACGGUUCCCAUGGCAACGGCGGGCCGGCCCCGAGCCCCGGCCCGAGCCCCCGCCAGCCCUGGAGAACGGAACGGAGGCGGCGCCUGGCCCGGCCCCGAGCGGGGCCCGAUCCCCCAAAAAACUGGGCCCCAGCCUGGAGCGCUCCCUGAAGGACCUGCAGCGCUGCUCGGUGGCCCUGGCGCGGUUCCGGGCCCUGCUCAGGGACGAGGUGGAGAAUUCCCUGCGCAGGGUGAAGGGAGCCUUCUCCGACAUCCAGGGAUGCCUCAUGGAUCGCGAGGUGGCUCUGCUGGCCGAGAUGGACAAAGUCAAGGCAGAAGCAAUGGAGCUGCUGUCGCUGCGGCAGCGCCGGGCCGAGGCGCUGCGGGCUCUGACCGAGGCGGCCCCGGCCAUGUCGGAGGAGCAGCUGCAGGAGCUGCGGGCGGACAUCAAGCACUUUGUCAGCGAGCGGAAGUUCGAUGAGGAGCUGGGCCGGGCCGGGCGCUUCGGCUGCGACCUCGAGGCCCUGAGGGGCAGCAUCGGAGCCUUCGGCCAAGUUUCCCACCCCAGGCCCAGCUAUUCCAGCCGCUCCCGCUGCAGCUCCGGCCCCGGAUCCUCGGGAUCGGCUCCGGGAUCGGCCCCGGGAUCAGCCCCGGGAUCGGCCCCGGGAUCAUCCACGACGUUCCCGACGGGAUCGGCCCCGGGAUCCCCCCCGGGAGCCCCAGAAUUCCUGCCGGGAUCAGCUCCAGGAUCAGCUCCAGGAUCAGCCCCGGGAUCAGCUCCGGGAUCGGCCCCGGGAUCGGCUCCGGGAUCAGCUCCGGGAUCAGCCCCGGGAUCGGCCCCGGGAUCCCCCGCGGGCGGCGCGGCCCCAACGGAGCCACCCCCGACCCCACAGCCCCCCCAGCGGAUCCGGAAACCUCCGGGAGCAGCCGGACCCCGCCCCUCCCCCCCAGCGCCCCCCGCCCCGGGGCCCCGCAGGAGCCGCCCCGAGGGGGCCAAUUCCUGA